UGGCAAUUGUAUUAUAAUCUGCUGUGUUAGGCUUCCAUAAGUCUUGCCUUGAAGAGCAUCACAGCCCAACUUGCUAAGCUAUCUUGGAAUGGCAACUCACGAACGCAUCCUUAGCCACAAAGCUGCCUCAUGUUCACACGUUCUUCUACCUCUACGAGCUGGGCGCUGCAAACAGCGACGGUUGGCAAACGCUCGGCGCUGGCUUGGACCCCAGCUUGCUCGGGACGUUAUCAUUGCGUCCGCGGCGUAUGGCGAUGCCCUAGAUAGUGAACGCAUAUCCAGCUAUCCACCACCUUCAUUUGAACCCACUCCACACGACCCAGUUGAUGAGAACCAGGUGGUCACAAAGUUCAUUGCCGAGACGCUCUUACCCACCCGUCAUGGAAAGUUUAGACUGCGCGGCUAUAAACAUUCGACGGACGGGGGAGUAACCUUCACGGAGCCCACUGCCAUCAUAGCAGGCCAAGUUGAAGGCCGGGAAAACGUUCCUCUCCGGGUACACGACGCUUGCUUUACCUCAGAGGUGUUGGGCUCCCUGAAGUGCGACUGCGCCGAGCAGCUGCAGCUGGCGUUGCAGCUGAUCGCGUCGCAGCAGCCGGGGCUGGUCAUCUACCUGCAGCAGGAGGGACGCGGCAUCGGACUGGCCAACAAGAUAGCCGCGUACUCGCUGCAGGAGCAGGGCCUAGACACCGUUGACGCCAACCGCGCGCUGGGGCUGCCGGACGACUGCCGCGAGUACACCAGCGUGCGCAACAUGCUGGCGGAGCUGGGCGUGAGGAGCGUGAGGCUCAUUACCAACAACCCUCGCAAGAUCAACGUGCUCACCUCCCUGGGUAUCCGGGUGACGGGGCGGAUACCCUGCCUGGUGGCGGCGGGCGCGUACAACCAGGGUUACCUGGAGGCCAAGCGGGACCGCAUGGCACACAUGCUGCCCGAGGAGGCGGCCGCAGCGGCUGUAGCAGCAGCAGGGGCAGCGGGAGUAGCAGCCUCGUCAGCAUCAGGCACGACAGCGGUAGCAGCAGAGGCAGGGCAAGCGGCGGCGGCAGCAGCAGCAGCCUCGGUAGCAGCAGUAGCAGGAUCCAGCACAUCCCAAGGAGGGGAGGGGGAGUUAGGCCGGCUUCGAAACCCACAUGGCACGAAUACGGAUACGGACUUGCUGCUCGUCAACGGCAGCAGCAUCGGGGGCAGCAUGAGCAGCAUGAGCAGCAUGGGCAGUAUCGGCGGGGAGGUCAAGGGGGAGUUUUGCUUCUGGGACCACGGCGGGGAGCCUAUUCAGGCAGUGAGUGCGGCGCAGGCCAAGGGUGGUAUGGACCUGCCUGCCGGGCUAGUGCAUGGGAGCAACGGCCGGGUGGUGCCCCUUGAGGCGGCGAGGAGUAGGAGCAGCAGGAGCGGCAGCAACGGAAAUGGGAACGGCAACGGUAACAGCAGCAACGGUGUUAGCCGUGGGAGCUGUAGCAGCGGAAGCAGCAACAGCACGGAAGGGUCAGGGAUGACAACAGCGGCGGAAACGGCAGCUGGAGCGGAGGUUUUGCCGAUGAGGGUGGCAGCGGCAGCAGCGGUUGUUGCCACAACGGACGGAGGGACGUCACAUGGAGGUAGCAACGGUAACGGCAACGGCCAUGCUUCGUUGUAGACAACCGUCUCUCGUCCUUGUUGCUGCUGCUGCUGCUGCUGCUGCUGCUGGGUGGUACGAUGACAAGCCUGGCUCUGUACCUGCUAGCGGUGUAAAUACUGUGUCGCUAGGUGGAGUAGGUUGGUGUAGGCACGCGGUUCCUGCGGUGGAAAGGCAGAUAGGUGCACCCAUGAAUGCACUCGCACGGUGCACUCCUCUCGUGAACCGUGUAAUCCCACACAAGACGGUUGGUGCUGGUUAGAUGCUGUGUGCCGAAAUGCAGAGCCGUGGCGUUAGUGGGUGAAGGUGAUGAUUGGGUAUGGGAGUGUGGGGGCGAGGUGCUUCGGAGGUAGGUGUGUUAAAAAAACUGGCCGCGAGUAGGAACGUAAGAAAGGACGGACGGACGGUAGGUGUGUCCGAGGGUGAAAAAAGUGUGCCUGCUGGGAAGAAAUCGAGAGUUGGGGGGAUGCGGGAUGGUGCUUGGAACACAGCGAUUUCCCAUGCAGCUUUGUGUGGAUAACGCAUGAAGGCCCCUGCUGCACGACGCAUGGAGGCCGCCGUCUGCUGUAGGCAUGUGGCGGGUAGGGGUGCAGACAGCAUGGGUUGAAUCCUGGCACAAGUGGGGCGGGUAGGGGUUCCGUACAGGUGUUGCGAAUUCUCUGGGGAGUAGCUUGAUUAGGGUGCUGAAGAGGACUGUCAAAAGGUGUCAUCAGGGCAGCACGCAAGAUGUGCCAUAACCGGGCAUGUGGGCCGAUGGGAUGUGCUGAACAGCGUUUUUGUUUUAUUGUCGUGUCGUACAACACACCGUGAAGUUUUAUGAUCACGCCGCGACAUGUGUGCUGUGCGUGUGUGUGUUUGCGUGGCAUGCGUGAGAUGAGAGAGAAAACACACACAUCUGAGCGAUACAGAGACGUGAGCAGUGGUUAGCUUUGGGACGCGCUAUCUUUAUAUUUCAAACCAAGCACGCGCACACGCACACGCACGAAUGCGUGUCUUAACACACGCACGAAUGAACGCAGGAGAGGAGGAGCCGUUGUAAGGCCCCCGCUUGGCAGAGCAAUGCGCACGUAUUAGGGUGUGGAAGAAGAUUUAGAACGUUACUUCUGGUGUUAUGGUGCUUGUUUAGGAGAGGUUCCCUGUGCUUAUCUGCAACACUGCAGUGUCCGGGGUUCGGCGCAUGCAUGGGGCACGUGCGAUGCGCCAAACCCGUUGGCGGAGGUUGAGUCAUCCGCCUGUUACCGUAUAGUAAAUGGCCAUGCAAAGUGCCGCUUGUACAAGACGCGAACAUGCCGAAUGCCAAACUGUGUAAUCCAUUAUCCAA